UCAUCCAUGUACAUGUAAACAAAAAUGUAGAUAUUAAAGUAACUACAUAAGAAAUAAUUCAGUUUGUUUUAUCGUGACAAUAACUUAAAUUAUAAUUUUUAAUUAAUAUUCAUUUUUAUAGUGAAAGUUAUAGUGAAAGUUAAAAUAAAGUAAUACUCACCCAAAUUUUACAUUUUGCAUUAUGCAUACUAUUAUACCGUGUAUUUUGAUUCUUGUUACGAUUCAUGGUAAUACAAUUGUCGAUGGAACUGAAAUUGAUAUUAAUAUUGUAUCUAAAUUAGUUGAUGAUUUAGGGGAAAUGUUUGAUAUGUACUUUGAAGAAAAGUUACCUAAUGAAAAUUCAUCAUCAAUUUUUCCAAGUGGUGUGGAAUGCAAUGAACUUAACAUAAAAAAAUGUUAUGAUCUAUUAUUGUUUAAGUACACUAACGAGUUAUUACCUAAAAUCGGCAACAUAUUUAAUGAUACAAUUCUCAGGUUACUAAAAGAAUACAACGUUUUAGUUAUGUUACUUUUGUCUAAAUAUCCAACAGAAAUGGAUGAAGCUGAUGAUGAAAUAACAGAAGCCAUACAAUUUGAAGACUCAAGAGUGUACUGUGUAAUCGGAUUUCUUAGCAUUAUAAACGUAAAUCUAAAUGAUAAAUUGAAUGAUUUUAUCUUCUUCGCUCAAUUAAAACAGAUAAAACAGAAAAAAAAUGUACCUAUCAAGACAAUUUUGAAAGAUCAUUUUAAUAAUCGUAUGGAUGAAUUAAAUACGAAAGAUGCAAACGUACGUGAAGAUAUCGUAAAAGCAGAUCGAAAAGAAAUCACUAAUCAAAUUACCAAAUUAAAAAAAACCAUAAACAAGUAUUCAAAGCCAUUUUGUGAUAUUGAUUUACCGUGGAUGAAAGCAGAUUCAUGGAUGUGGACAAAAUUAGAAUCUUCUCCGAUAUUAAGUAAAGCAUUUGGUGAAAAUGUAAACCAAGCUACCUCUCCAAGUUUAUUGGAAUGGCAAGAUAUAAAGGUUACCUGAAUUCUUCAUAAAUAAUUUAUAUUUCAUAUUUACUUUUUUUAUUAAAUGUUUGAUUCUUAAAAAAAAAUUUACCUAUAAAUCAUAGUUAUUUAAAACUUGUUGACAUGUCGAUGGAUUUAUGUUUUAUAAAGUUAUAUAAGAUCCAAACCUACUUAAUUUUUAAUUUUAAUGCAUUUGUUGUUUAUUGUAUCUGAGAAGGUAAGAAUACUUUAAUUCUAAUCAGCAUUUCACUGUACUGAAUCCAUAAUUUUAAUUUUGAAACUUUAUUGAUAGCUUCUUGUUUUUGCUUUAGGUGGAUUUAAAACAUUCCACUGAUCUUGUUGAUGUGAAUUAUAAAUAUAACUACGAUAGUUCACCAAGCAUAAAUGUGGUAAGUAGGAAUCAAAUUAUAUAAAUAAACUAUAGAUUUUUACGAACACAUUUGAAUGUAAAUUGCCCGUAGUACCAUGCACAUAAACCUAUAACGGUUUAGUAAAAUAUAGGUUCUAUUUUUUUAUUUUUAAAUAGACUUAUCUAAAUCUAUCUAGGUCCCCUAUUCACCGAAUUUACAAAAAAAAUUAUAACAUUGUUAUUUUAUAAAAUUGUUUGUAUUGAUUAAUUGUUUGUUUAUUUUUAUUAAAUAGCUGUUAGAAGAUUUUAAUCAAAGGUGUAAGGAUUUAUUUCUAUAUGUUCUAGACUAUUCAUGUCCACAGGUAAUUAUUUUAAAAUUAAUUAAUGUAAAAGUUAAAGUCUGAAUUAAAUAGGCGUAAAAUAUGUCGUAUAAUUUUCGAUCAUACUUUGCUCCAGGAGGAGAAGAAGAAACGUGACUUGUGGAUUUUUUUCUCUCAAUUACUAACACACUUAACGACCUUGAGGUUUCCCUACUCCCCCAAAAUCAUAAUUUAAAAUAAAAGAACCUAAUAUUCCCCUUCUCCUCUCUUAAUCGACCUCUAGAGCAUCAUGACGAACAAGUUAAAUUGUUUUGGUUCAGUUAAGAUCUUUAUUAAGUUUUGUAAAAAUAAAAUGUUUUAAGUAGAUCACCACAGGUUAUUUUUUGUAGUUUUCUUAUAAUAAAAUUAGGAAAAACAUAACCUAUAACCUUUAUCAUUUUAAACGAAAAUUUUAGUAUUUCGAAAGAUGUUUAACCCAACUUUAGGCAAAGUUGUAAAUCAAAUUGCAAUGAUUUAUCAUUACAUACAGACAUUUAAUAAUAAUUCUAUACAUCCUAUACUUUCCUAACUAUAUUUAGUAUACAUUGGUCAACAGUAUCUGGCGUUUUUUUUACUAUCGAUAUUCGACAUGUUAUACAAUCUAUAGGCAGUGUCAUUAUUAAGACGGAAAGUUUCAAGAGGAGGUAAGAGAGUUGGGGAAAGUUGCCUUGAACACCAAAAUUUGAAUACAUCUUUGUUUGUUUUGUACUUUUAUAUAAUAAACGAAAUUAUUAAGAAAACAGAAUAGUUAAAAAUAUAAGCUGUUAAUUUAGACUCUUUUAGGCGUGUUUGUGAACUCGUAUACUCGUUACUUGUAUCACACAACAUGAAAUAGAAUAGCUUUAAAUAAAAAUUUUCAGCUUUAAAGACAAGAUAAGAAAAAUGUGUAAAUAUAAUAUUUUUUAAGCUCGUGAAAAUGGUUUAAAAUUAUGCUUUAUGAUAAUCAUUGAAAAAAGACGUCCUAAGAUAAUGGGGACGGGCGCAGCCACUGUUAUAGAUAAUUUAAUGUAUAUCUGUUAGCAACGAUUAACCAUUGCUAACGAAAAAACAAUUCUAAACGGAGGUCAAUUGAUAAUGAUGCUUUGUCAACAAUAUAUUUUAGGUCAUAUUAUGGUAAAAUAAUUAAAUAGGCAUUACAUAUUAUCUUUAAUAAUAUUUGUUUACUGUACCGAUUUUCCCGUUUCUCCUACGUUUUUCUCGGUUUUCCCAUUUUUUUCUGGUUUUUCACAUUUGUUGAUAAAACUCAGUAGGAAAUCGAAAAAACCGACCUCCCUACCUUCCCAUACCGAUUUAUUUUCAAAAAAGAUACUACACGUAAAAAUCCGAACAAGUUCUUUGGUAGAAAAGUUGUCCGCAGAAAAAAAAAAUAGGUAAGCAUUUUUGUAAAACCAUAAGCUUCUUUGCUCUGCUCCGAAUCUAAAAUGUUCACAAUAUUAAUUGUGAUUAUUAUUAGAUAAUUCACUAAAAAUAGGUAGUAGACAGUACUUAAAGGUGAUAUUUAAUAUCUGCCUUCAAUUUGCUGGAAAAUUUGUCAACACGGCACUGCUUAUAGGUUAUUGGCACUACAAAGUUAUUUAUUAUUUCUAGGAAACUAAUGCUAUUCCAGAAGUUGUCAAAGAUAUGAUGGAUCAACUACAGUAUAAUUUUCAGUCAAUGGUAAAUUUUUAUAAAUCACAUAAACAAAAUUUAAAGAUACAUAUGAUAAUGUUAUGGAUUUAUAAUUGUAUUUAUAUAACAUAUAUAUAUUUCUUAAUUGAAAUGGCGAUAAAUAUUUGACAAUAUUAAUAAAGAUAGGCAAAAUAAUUAUUUAGUUCAAACUAUGUAUAUAAAUUGUAAUAAAAUUUUGUUUGAAAACUAAAACUGAUCUAUAUUUUAUAUACAAACUUUUUUUUAAAAAUUAAUAUUUAAAGUGGAGAUAACAUUAGUUUUUGGGAAUUAGGUUCUUAAAAUAUUCCAUUACAAUUAAAUAAACAUUGUUCACAAUGAAAAAUGUUGUUUUGGUAUAAAUAUUUAUAACUAUGUAAGUAGAUACAAUUUUACACAUUAAACUAACUAUUGAUUCAACAUUUUUUUAAAUUAUUGUUGUAGGAAAUAAAAGUUAAUGAUCCAUCAAAUCCAAUUCCAAUCAUUAAGAUGGGUGAUAAAGUGGCUUCACCUCAUGAGGUAACUUUUCUAAUUUUCUUUGAUAGUCAUGUUAUUUAAUGGUUACACACAUAUUUUAAAAUAAAUCGAUGUAUAUUAUAUUAAAAACUUCUAGUAUUUCUAAAAUUAAAUUUUAUAACUUCGUUAAGUGGGUCUACUUUUUAACGUAGUCAUUAGUAUCGGUAAAGACUAAGAUAGGUAUACAGACCUCCACGUAAAAACCUGUCAUGUUUAUACAUUUAUUUUUAUUUGAUCAGAAAAUCACUUUUGUACUGGUGAUAAGUUACUAAUUUUUAAUUUAACUUGUAACUUGUAACUAGUUUCAUAUUUUCCUUUAAGUGUAAUGAAAGUUAUAAAUUAUAAUUAAAAGUUACAUUGUGUUUUAUGUGCUUUGAUAAUUCAUAAGUGAGACUGCAAAAGCAAAAAAAAAAAAAUAUACGGACAUACUUCACACGAUGAGUGGGCCAUUAACCAUUGUAAAUGAAAAAUAUGUCAUGAUAAAAUAAUUACAUAUACAUUAAAUAUAAUUUGUUAUUAAUAUUUGUUCAAUAUUGUACAUAUUUUCACGUUUUUCUUACGUUUUUUCCCAUUUAUUCUGAAAACAUCUGUAAAAAAUCAAAAAAUGUCUUCCCUAAAGUACCACCCCAAUCAAAUUUCCUUUCAGAAAAUGUGUUAUAGUUGAAAAUCGGAACAAAAUUACUGGUAGAAAAGUUGUGCACAAUAUAUCAUACAAUUUAAUGUCAGCUUAAAAUUUAAAAUUAUCUAAGUCGUCGAUUAUGGUUUUUUUGGAUAUUCAGUGGUUAUACGAUUAUGGUUAGUACACCUUUUUUUCCUUAUUAUAAUGUUAUUUUACAUUGCCAGUCGUCUGUGGUCGAUCAAUAAUUCUCCGGACGACGACCAUUUUUCCCAGUUUCAAAAUAGAAUUUAAUGAACUCAGUGGAAUAAGAAUAUACCCACUGGUUUACAUCAAAAGCAUAUAAUUGGCUUAUUGCAGAUAUUAUGGCUAGGUUUUUAUAUACAGCCGUAUGCUCGUAUGAUAUCCAUUAAUAGGAAACGUGAUCAAUAGAUUUAUUUAUGUAAUAAUACUUUUAUGUUUUUUGUGAUUUUGUUGUUGACAAGCCUUAAAACUCAAAUAAUUUUACUUUUCUUAAAAUGGAUCAUCGAUCUGUUGUUUUGAAUGGAACUUUAUAGAUUCUGAGUGGAGCGAAGAAGCUUAUUAAGAAGCUGGUUUUAAAAAGAUGUUUAUUUCUUUUUUUUUUUUUAUGUGCGCAACUUUUCUACUUUUUGAUAAUAAAAUCGGCAUGGGGAGGUAUUUAGGGAGAUCAUUUUCGAAUUUUCUCAAGAAUUUUCUAAAAAUUUGAAAAUUUGAAAAACCAAAAAAAAAAAAAACGGGAAAAUAUAAAAAAUGUAGGUAUUAGUUAAAAUAUAUUAUGGCUUUAUUUUUUUCUAUGUACUACUUUUCUAUCAGCAAUUUUACUCCAAUAUUUAAUGAUGGCAAUGUUUCGGAAAUUUCACUAGGGAGGUACUUUAAAGAGGUCAUUUUUUGGUUUUCCCAAGAAUUUUCUUCAAAUAUGAAAAACCGGAAAAAAGUAGGAAAACUGGGAAAAUUGGUACAAUAUUAAACAAAUUUUAUUAAAGAAAAUAUAUAUAGCCUAUUUUAUUGCUACAAAAUGACAUAUAUAUUAUUGAUAUUGCAUCACUAUCAACUGAACUCUGCUCAGAAUAUUAUUGUUAUUUACAAAUAUGCAUUAAAUUCCUGUCUUUAUCCCACCUUCCCAACUUCUCACCUACAUCAGUGGCUGUACCCGUCUCUAUUAUCUUGCCUUUUUUUUAAAAUAACUACAUUGGAAAUUUGUUAAUUAUAAUAAAUAAAUUAAUACAAAUAUAUUUUAUUUAUCAAUGUAACUUUUAACUUUAAAUGUAACUUAGUUAUAUAAAUGUAACUUGUAUCUUGUUACACAUUUUUAGAAUAACUUGUAACUUAUAGCCGGUUACAAUAAAUUGAGUAACUUGUCCAACCCUGAUUAUAUUAUCCUCAAUUAAUUAAACUAGUAGAGUUUAUGAUUGUUAUAUAAUAUACCUAAUUUAUUUUUAUUUCUGUGAGAGAGGACCAGAACACUUUCACGGUAGAUACACUUGGAAAUUUUUUGGUAGAAAAGUUGUUUAUAGAAAAAAAAAAAAAAUACCAUUGUAAAACCAAUAUAUUCCUCGUUCUGCUUAGAAUCUAAAGUAAACGUAGGAGGAAAUGAAGGAAGGAAAAGACAAAAUAUGAGGUGGUUGCAUGCCUUUGAGAAUGAUAUGAGGACACUUAAGAUCAUCCAGUGUAUUUGGGAGAUCGCCUUAUGUGGAAUUUAGGACGAGAAUGGCUGACCCUAAAUAACUGAGAUUAGAGCGAAGGAAAAGAAGAAGAUAUCAUGUAGUCUAUUUUUGUUGCCUCAUAAUCCAUCAUCUUAACAAUUUUUUAAAUUUAGUAAAUUUUAUGGAUUUAUUUAUAGAUCAUUUUUUAAGAAACUCAUAAUUUGGCUUUUAUCUAGUUAUUAAACAUAUUAAUUAUAAAUACAUUUUGUUUUAUUAAUUUUUAAAUACAGAAAAAUUCAUUGAGAACAUUAUUUCAAAAUGAAUACGAUACAGUAACAUUUGAUGAAAUUGAGAAAUUUCAUUUAACCAUAAGUCAUUCAAUAGACGCGUAUGUGACAAAAGUAUUAUUUUACAGAAUCCUUGACAGGCUAGCGUACUCUUUAGAAAUGUACAGUUUGUAUUUGAAAAAACACAACCAAACUACAGAACAAAAAGAUACUAAGUCUGUUCUGUUAAAAAAUUUGAUUACCGAAUUUCUACAUCUCGGAGACCAAUUCACAGCAUUCCAAAUUACGUGGGAAUUGUACACCAACUCUAAACCGUUAACACUCGGCCAAUAUGCAAUACCUGACGGUAACAGAAUACUAAACUUUGCUAGAUUCGAGUAUAUACAAAGCGUAGUUCAUUGUAACGUAGAGCAGUUCACAGUUAAUAAAAUAAAGAAAUACCUCGAAGAUGUGCGAUUCCACAAGCUUAAUGAAAAUAAAAGCAUUUCAUCCACAUCGGAUUCAAAAUGGAUUAAUCCAACACAAGAAAUAACAGAAAUCAAUACUAUUUUAUCAAAAUUAGUAGAAAUUAAAAGGCAAAUUUAAAUUAGUGAAAUAUUAUAUUAAAUUUUUAAAUACUUUGUACGAUACACAUAAGUUAUUAAUAUUAUUAUAAAUUCUUAUGCCUACAAACUAUAUAUCAUACAUCAUCACAUAAACUUGAAUACUCAAAAUAUGUAUUUGUACACAAAAUAAAAUAUCAAAUAUUCAAUGUAAAAUUAAAACAAAAUUUUUGAAGUGAAACUUUUUUGUGCGUGCUGGGAGUAAAAUUUCAAGACGAACGUGACGAAAAUCGAUAGCCGGUUAACCGGCACGCGCCCUGACACGUCAUCAGUUGAUAACACACUCACACACACUGUAAUAGUAUUUCCAAACCUCUUUACCACUACUGAUCACUUUGGUUACAUAUUAUAGGUCGCGGACCACCCCAAUUUUACAACAAAUUUUAACAAGAAUACCCAAAAUCAAUCAAACAAAUGUUAAUUUUUAUUAUAUUACGUUAAGUUAAAUUGUAUUACUAUACUUAAUACUAAAC